AUGCUGGCUUCUUCGCAGCUAGUAGCCAUUCCGAUCACCGAUCCAAAUCCAACAUAUACUUAUUUCAUGCUUUGUAAAAAAAAGGGAGAAGAACAUUAUAAAUAUAAAACAGCAAAAGAUCACAAUAAAUUAGAAUUAAUUCCUUUUGAUGUACUUCUAGUGAUUAGAUUAUCGAAAAGAUGGGAUUUGGGGGUUUUUAAAGAUGCAAGAUUGAAAGAAUCUAAAGAAAAAGUGGCUUUAUUCUUUCCAAAAGAGAAUAUUUCAACGAAUAGUGAAGAAAUUUUAAAGUUAAAUAGAUUAAGUCAUGAGAACAUAAUCAAGUUUUAUGGAAUAACAUAUGACAGAGAAAAUCAAACAGAAAUGAUUGUAUUGCAACUUCCUGCUGAAAAUCUUUGCGAAUAUUUAACCAAAAAUUCAAAACAAAUUGAGCAAACUGACAAAUUAAAUAUCGCGAAUGAUGUAACUAGUGGAUUGGAAUUUUUACAUAAAAACAACAUAGUUCAUGGAGAUUUACAUUCAAGAAAUAUAUUUAUCGAUAAUAAUAAACGAGCUCUUAUUACCAAUCCAAAAAUAUUUACAGUAAUAAAUGGACAUUCAUCUAUGGAUCUUUUGAGAAACAAAAAUAAAAUUUGUUAUAUAGAUACGAGGCUGCUAAAAAACUCGCACAAACAGCCUGACAAAAAAUCAGACAUUUAUAGUUUAGCAGUUGUAAUGUGGAGGAUUUUUAGUGAUAAAGAACCCUUUUCAAACUAUGAAAAUAACUUAAUUAGUCUAAUACAUGAAAUUCUUCUUCAAAAUAUAAGAGAAGAGCCUACAGAAGAUACCCCAGAAAAAUAUAUUGCCAUUUAUACAAAAUGUUGGUCGUCUGAUCUAAAAAAUAGAUUGACAACUUCAGAUAUUCUUUCAGAGCUAAGCAAGGGUAGUUGGCAAGCUGGCGAGGCGAGCUUUUUUCUAGCUAGCCAAAUAUGGGCAAGACUCUUGCCUUGCCAGCUUGCCAACCACCCUAAGUGGGUGGCUUCCCGCGAGGUUGCGGUUCGCAGACAACCUUCAUAUUAG